AAACUCGAUGCGCUGAAGAGGCUGAUCGCGCUCAUGGCGACGGGACGAGACGUGAGCGUGUUUUUUCCCUCCGUCGUGGUGAACAUCGUGAGCGAAUCGUUCGAGGUGAAGGUGUUGGUGUACAUGUUCUUGGUGCGAACGGCGGAUCAGAAGCCCGAGGAGGCGCUUUUAUCGAUCAAUUCGUUUCAGAAGGAUCUGGCGCACCCGAACCCGAGAGUGCGGGCGUUAGCGCUUCGAGUGAUGUCAAGCAUUCGCAUCCAGGUCAUCGUGCCGGUGGUUAUAUUGGCGGCGCGAAAGUGCGCGGUUGAUCCGAGUCCGUACGUGCGCAAAUCGGCGGCGCAUGCGAUCCCAAAAAUUUACAGAAUGGAUAACACGCGAAAGGAAGAGCUCAUCGAAAUCAUCGAAACGAUGUUGCGCGACAGUACGCCCUUUGUGUUGUCGUCCGCGGUGGCGGCGUUCACCGAGGUGUGCCCGGACAGGAUCGAUUUGUUGCAUCGACACUACCGCAAGAUUUGCCGCAUGUUGGUAGACAUGGACGAGUGGGGACAGAUUUUGUUGAGCGAGCUCCUGCUCAGGUACGCGCGAUCGCAGUUUUUGGCCCCCGACGCGCACACGCGCGAGCUCGGCGGCUCUCGCGGUCCAGGUUGGAUGGACGAAGACCAUCGUCUUUUGUUGCGUUGCACGCGUCCGUUACUGCAGUCUCAAAACGCUGGCGUCGUUAUGGCUGUUGCGGCGCUGCACUUUUACCUGAGCCCAGCUGCGGACUUGCCCAAGGUUGUUCGAGCGUUGGUUUUCACAGCGCACGGCAGGCCCGAGGUGCGACAUGUCGUCAUCAAGAACAUUUGUACCAUGGUCACCACGCAGCCGAUAUUGUUCCAGUCGCACUUCAAUGCGUUCUUCGUCACUCCACGAGAUCCGUUGCAAGUCCGCGCUCUGAAACUCGAAAUCUUGACGCACAUCGUCACGAGCGAAAACGCGCCCACGCUGUUGAGAGAGCUUCAAGCUUACUUGCGCUCAUCAAACCACGAUUUUGUGGCGCUGACGAUUCGAGCCAUCGGAAGGUGCGCGGCCAUAAUGCCGCAAAUCGCAUCAGUGUGCAUCCGCUCUUUGCUCGAACUUUCGCUUCAUCCUUCGCCAAAGGUUGCGUCUGAAGCAGUCGUCGUCAUUCGCGCCUUGGUGCAACAAAAUCCGAAGGAGCACAUCGUCGUGGUGAUGCGCUUGAUGCGUCGAUUGGACUCAUUGAUCGCCCCCGAAGCGCGCUCAGCGGUGAUUUGGCUCGCGGGUGGUGAGAUCUUUGAUGGCGACGCGGAGAACAUCAAGGCGUCUGAUAAGGAACUCCGUGAAAAGUUCUUUGAACUCGCAGUGCAAAUGAUGCGUCGCGUCGUCAAGAGCUUCCCAGAUGAACACGAGAUGACGAAGCAGCAAAUCGUGAACACAUCGUGCAAGAUGUACAUCCAAGAUCCCAUCCGCAUCGCGCCAAUGCUCAAAGUCGUAUUUGCGCUCGCUGCUGCGGAUCCUUCGGUGGACAUGCGCGAUCGAAUUCGCGUCUUCCGCGCCCUCUUCCCCGUGGACGGGAAGCCGAGCGCGGUCAAGCACUUCGGAGACGCCGUCGUGCUGUGCGCCAAACCUGAGCCCAAACUCCCGUCACCCGCGAUGCAAACGUGCGAGCACGCGCUCGGUUCUCUGUCGCAUUUCAUGGAUCACAUGGCGCCAGGGUACACGCCGCUCGCGAAGCAUCCGACGGUGCAACCGCCGACGAAUGUUCGCGAGCAAUACUUCGCCGGGGGAUCGGGCAGAGAAGGCUCCUCAGCCAUUGCGGUGCACAACGGCAAAUCCAACGGCCUCGGUGCGAGUGGAUUCUACAGCUCUAGCGAUGACAGCGAUGAUAGCGACAGUGAUUCGAGUAGUUACACGGGGAGCGACGAUUCAGACGAUAGCUCGGAUGACUCUGGUGAUUCCUCAGACGACGACGAAGACGAAGACGAAGACGACGAAUCGGACGAUUCCUCGUCGUCGAACGACUCGGAUUAG